GUUCCCGGCCCUCAGCCUCCGCCCUCAACUCUCAGCCUCCGUCCUCAGCUCUCAGCCUCCGUCCCCCGCCCCGCUUCCCUCGCCGGGAGCCCCGGCCCCGCCAAAGCCCAGCCCCGGCCGUGUGGAAGUCUUCUCUGGAGGCAGCUCUGCUGUAAGUGCCCCGCCAAGUCGGAGCUCUGGUGGAGUUUGAGGCCAGAAGAUGGAACUCCCUGGCUGCCACCCACCUGCAGCAGCAGCUACAGCUGGGAUCAGCUGUUAUAUAAAUGUCUCUGUAUUAUACUGGAAAUUGAACACUGACAGCGUAGGAGAGACAUGUGAAGAGGAGGAGGAGGAAGAAUUGUUCCAGCAGUGGUGGAUGUAUGUUUGGAUGGUGCAGGUGCCCACUUCAUUCACUGCAUCCCUUCAGCACCAAGAGUUCAACCCAGUGCUGGCUAAUUCCAGGGCCUGAAACUGUAUCUACAUGCAAAUCUCAUCCUUUGGAAUCAACUUUCCUUUGUGUCCUGAUAGCUGUCUUCUUUCAAAAAAAAAAUCCAGUGUUGCCAUUGACCUUGAGUAUUUUUAAGAGGGAAGAGCAGAGGAGGCAAAUAAGUGCAAUUUCAGCCCUUGUUUACCAGUCAUCCCUGAAUGUGCCAAAUGCCACAGCUGCCACUGACUUUGAGGAACCCUGGUAUUUGAAUGAAGCACUGUGGAAAUGGCAGUGGAUAUUACAUGGGAUGGCCCUCACAUGCUCAGCUCCAUUAGCUUGGACAAUUCAAGGGGAUCUCAGCUGGGUUUCCUGGCCAGGUUACAUAGGUCUCCUGGAAGGCAAGUGGUGCUGCUGGAGGAAAAACCAAUCGGUUCAGAGGUCUGGGCCAGUUCUCCAAGUGCUCUACUGCCUCCUUUGUUUCCAACUGUUCUAUUUCCCAAGAAAACAAACAUCUCCACUACAACUUCCAAGUAGAAUGUGGAAAAAGAACAGACUCAUUUUGUUCCAAAUAUCUACCAUAAUAAGGAACAUUACCACAAAGAUGCUUCCAAACCACGGUCUUCAAGGUAUCAAAGUUAGAAUUGCAGAAACAUCAAAGAAUGAACUCCAAUUUACAGAUCUGCCAAUACAGGCAGCCAGCAGCAUUAUGAUUGAUGUAAUUUAUUGUAAGAUUACAUGGGGGAAGCUCAACACAAAUGAUUUCUGCAGCACUUGUUACUUAUAGAUUUCACAAGCAGUAACAUUAAGAAUAAUGACCAUCUAAUAUACUUCUCUGCAAACCACAGAUAAUACAUUUCUUCAGUUAUUGGUUAAACCUGUGAAUUGGUAGCUCAUAUUGAGAUAGUUGCUGUUGACAAUUCUUUAGGUCCUUUCAUCAGAGAUUACACUGUUUAAUUUUGCCAUCACACACCUUGUAUUUGACUGUUUAGAAGAGCUCUUCGAGUUCAGUUUACCAAGCAAACUUUGUAGUUAUUGUUCACUCUUUUCCAUUCUAUCCAUCCUUAUUCUUUUGGAAACAUUAUCAGCUUUAAUUGUAUAUUUGCUAUUAUUAAAAGAAUACAUUGUAUCAUGGGCUGAGAAUCAGUCUCUAGGUAGCUUUUCACCCUAAGUUAUUGGUAAUGACUUACUAAGAAGUGUAGUAUCAAGGAAGUAUUUUCCAGUUUGAUGUUGCCCUGUAGCUGCUGGGUAUUCCUGUCUCUUAGAAUCAGCAACUUGUGUGGUAUCAAGUUCAAAGCUUAAAACAUGCUCAGAAAUAUGUUAGCAAUUUCUGCUGUUCUGUUAGUGGGAGUAUUUGAUCUGACAAGACUUAUGUUCUCCCAAAAGCUGUUGAGUACUAUAAAAGAGAAUUAAUCCUGUAAGAGUAAUUAAUAAUCUUUAAUCAGAUAUUGUAUGAUUUUCCCUGAAAUCAAUAUUCAGGUGGAUGACUCAGAGCAGUAUGACUCACACUAUUUACUCUUUUGAAAUAUUGACAAAACAAUUUGUUUUAGGGGAAGUAUAUAAUUUUUCUGAAAUUGAAUAAACAUGAAAAAAUGGUAUCUCGAGACCUGUCUAAGAUGCUGUCUGUCUCCCUUGGCAUUCUGCAGGAGUAAAGAGAAUUGAAUUAGGUUUGACAUCAGUAAGUUUGACUCAGAAAGGAUUAUUGGUGGGGGUUUGCUUUAGGACUCAGAACUUGUUGCUCCCUUGCAGGUGCCAUAACAACGUUGUAGCUUCCCUGACAUGCAGCAAAGCACACCUUGGGUUCUCAGAGCUGCUCCUUUCCCUUGGGAAUAGAUUUGAAUAUUAGUAGAUUUACAGAUCUUUAAUACUCAUGUUGGAGUUUUGUGUUGCCAUAAUCUCAACAGUCAGGGUGCCUUUUUAUGGGCAGUGAAAACAAAAUCUGGAGAUGGAGAAGGAACCUGGCAUUAAAUACUUGUGCUUCUGGAUUGCCAGCAGUGGUUGAAGCUUAAGUGUAAACAGGCAGAGGCGCAGACCUUCUGACACAUCAGACACCUAUUAUUUCCUACAGACAAGUAAAAAACCCUUGAGCUGGAAAGUCAACCACUUUUCUCCACUGUGAGAAGUAUUCUACACAGAUCUAAGAGCUUGGCAUGUACUAUGAUGGCAGAGUUGAGCAUGGCUGCAGCGGGACCCUCAGCAGCUGAGCUGUGACCUCUGCUCCUCACUCCUGAGAGCACAGAAGGAAGCUUUAAAUUUCAGUGACAGCCCAUGAUCCUGCAGCAAUUCCAGUCCUGAACCUUUCGUCCCCUGACAAGAAGAUUUGUUGUAACUUGCAGUAGUGUCAGAAGUACCAGAGAGGAGCUACAGGUUUUAGGAAUACUUUUCACAGCUCUACUCCACAUCUAAUAUUGAAGAGAUCCUCCUCUGCCUGGGGACAGCUUUUGGUUUUGUAACAUAGCAAUUUUUACUAAGUUUGGAAGCAUGGUGUUUUUCUCAAAGACAUAAUAAAACUGGAUUGUAGAA